AUGCCAGAACAGGAACACGACCGUUCAACCGAGAGUGAUGUGACUAUGAACAAAAAUCUAGGUCUCUCCAUCCCGCAGCGUGUAUCUGCUCUGACCACGAAAACGACAUCAGCCAAAAGAGUUAUUGGCACUUUGAUUUGCACUUUUGCCAAAAGGGCAACUAGAUUAUCACCACUAGACAGUUUUGUAGCUAUUUUAUUGCAAGAAGGAGGGGUAAUUCUUUUAGUCCCCCAACAUAAUUUCUCAUCUUUUCACGAUGGGGGUGGGGUCACCUGGUGUACAAAAGUGAAAGACACAAAAGGGUCAGUCUUUGUUAAGCUAAACAAACAGGUUUGCCAGCUUGAGUUUCCCAACUCAAACUAUUAG